GCGGGUCAAGUGCCGGUCUUGGGUUUAUUCUGGAUAUUACCACCCCACACAGGAACCAGUGUUGCCAGUGUCAGUGUUGUGUUGUGUGGCGUCACUGGAUACAUGGCCUCCGGUAAAACUGCCAGGAGUGGCGGACGGAGAUGCUGAGGGAAGAACGCCACAGAAGGAUGUCCUGGUCGCCGCCCAGAGCUCGCACCAGGCCUCGCCCACCAGCCACAUGACGUGAACGUCGCACACCAUAGUCAGAGUUAGAUUUAUUUUUGUACCGAGUAAACAAUGGAGGAAGUGAAAAGUAGUUCGGCGCCGGAGUCGCCCGCGAGGACGCCACCGCCCUCGGGGCAAAACGCGGACAUAGUGAUAGAGAACUACAUGGAGCGGCUGGGGACGCGACUGGGGGUGCUGGAGACGGAGCUGAGGUACGCGUGGCGAGCACUUGACCUGCUUUCCCAGGAGUAUAUCAAGAUGUGGGAGCGACUCGAGAAACUAGAGGUGCUACUUUACGAACAACAGAGUGUAAUUUCACAGUUGAUCGAAUUCUACUCCUCCGUCGAACCGAACGAGACCGAAAUGGACUUGCUCGAUAGGCCGCGCAUCAUUCAGGGUAUCAGUUCCGUGGACGAGAUUGGUCUGUUGAACACUGACAUGGCGUUGUCCACGUCGGCCACGCAGUUUAUUUCAGAACUCAAGCUCCAAAUCGGAGCCGACGGGGAGGCGCUCAGUCUUCCUGACGAGUCGUUUUAUAGGAGUUUGAAUAACGCUUAUAGAAACGAUCUAGGUUGUCCGAGCAGUUCCAUGGCCGCCUCCGGCUCGUCUCAGUUGGGAAUGAUCUGGGAGGAAUCGGAGGAGGACAGCAAUGGGACUACGAAACGGGAGGAAAACAAAGACUUAGUAACUGCGCCCUCGGAGCCAACGCAAGUGUUCAGUUCAUUAGAUUAUAAGGAUUACAGGGGUAGCUCGCCUUGUGUGAGCGAUCACGAUUUAGUACCGCUAUCUCAGCUGUCAACCGUAGAUCAGGUGGCGUUGGAAAAACUAAAAGAAUUAGAUAGGUUAACGACCAAGCUUCAAAAAGAUUCGCAAAAUUUAAGGGAACUACAGGACAGGCUGCUCGCGGACUCGCCAAAACAUAAGUAUUCGAAAGAUACUACUGACGUUUCGGAAAUCAACGUACGAGAGGAUAAGACUAAUGAAAUAGAUGACCAACUUAGGAGAAUGUGUGCUGAAACGGAACUAGAAGAUUGGGGAUUCAGUACGACGACGAGAGCGAUCACUGACAUGUUGAUGAUGAGCAGCGCCGAGGCAGCAGCGUCGCCGAGACUGGCUGUUGAGGAACCUACUCAUGAUCCUAGUAAUGUGUCGGGCUUCAUUUCUACACCGACCUCUCCUAGAAGGUUCUUGACGUCUCCAAGCAUAAUGUACUCUUCAACUAGCCGGUUAGCAGGGAACGGUUCAUCCUUAAAUGACAUUGCCUCGUCGCAUAGAUCUCUCCCACUUUCUCCAAAGUCUGAUAGGUUAAGUAAGUCAACAUACCAGGCAGAUCCGUCACUCGGAAGAGAACUUUUUUCAAGUGGGGCCAGAAAUGAUGGAUCCUCCUCCGCCAGCUCCAAAAGAUUCAAGUAUUUACUUAACGCCUAG